UCCGGAUCGUACCAUUGCGCUGGGGGAGGAGAAGGCUUCAGCCGUCGCCAGACCCAGCCCAGCGCCGCCUCCUUCUCUCCCCCCUCCCCCCGGCCGGAGCGCGGCGCCUGGGCCCAGCGGCGAGCGCAGCGCGGAGGAGCGAAGCAGGCGGAUCCCGUCGGCGGCAGCGCGGAGCCUGGGCCCAGAGCGGCGGGGUCGGGAUCGGCGGCGCGGCCCCUUCUCCCCCCGCGCGGGGCAGCGGGCUGCGGGCGGCCCCGGGCUGCGGGGCUGGGAAGGCGGCUCGGAGACAAAGGAGGCGGCGGGGCUCGGAGCCGGCACCAGGGACCGAGAGGCGCCUCCGGGAGCCCCCGCCCGGGGCAGGCGGCACAAUGCGGCACGGGGCGGCCCGCCCGCACCGGCUGCAACAGCGCGGGGGCCGCAGCGCGGCCCGCCCGGGGCGGGGAUAGAGGCGGCGGCCGGAGCCCCAGAGCCGGGCCGGGCCCCUUCCGCGAGCGGCGUCCCCCCGGCCUGUCACACGGGGCGGCGAUGUGAGGGCCCCGGAGCCGGCAGCAGCCACAGCCGAGCAGCGGGGACCCAGCGGAAGCGGCGGCCGGCCGGGCCCGGAGGAGCCGAGCAGCGGGGAUCCGGCGGGCGCGGCGGCCGGCCGGGCCCGGAGGAGCCGAGCAGCGGGGAUCCGGCGGGCGCGGCGGCCGGGCCUGGCUGUGCGAUGGAGACGCACAUCUCCUGCCUGUUCCCGGAGCUGCUGGCCAUGAUCUUCGGGUACCUGGAGGUGCGGGACAAGGGCCGCGCGGCGCAGGUGUGCACGGCCUGGCGGGACGCCGCCUACCACCGCUCCGUGUGGCGGGGCGUGGAGGCCAAGCUGCACCUGCGCCGCGCCAACCCCUCGCUCUUCCCCAGCCUGGCGGCGCGGGGCAUCCGGCGGGUGCAGAUCCUGUCUCUGCGGCGCAGCCUGAGCUACGUGAUCCAGGGCAUGGCGGAGAUCGAGAGCCUCAACCUGAGCGGCUGCUACAACCUCACCGACAACGGGCUGGGCCAUGCCUUCGUGGCGGAGAUCGGCUCGCUGCGGGCGCUCAACCUGAGCCUGUGCAAACAGAUCACCGACAGCAGCCUGGGCCGCAUCGCCCAGUACCUCAAGGGCCUCGAGGUGCUGGAGCUGGGCGGUUGCAGCAACAUCACCAACACCGGCCUCCUACUCAUCGCCUGGGGUUUGCAGCGCCUCAAGAGCCUCAACCUGCGCUCCUGCCGCCACCUCUCUGACGUGGGCAUUGGGCACCUGGCGGGCAUGACCCGCAGUGCAGCUGAGGGCUGUCUGGGCCUGGAGCAGCUCACGCUGCAGGACUGCCAGAAGCUCAGCGAUCUCUCACUAAAGCACCUGGCCCGAGGCCUGGGACGCCUCCGCCAGCUCAACCUCAGCUUUUGUGGGGGCAUUUCUGAUGCGGGGCUGCUCCACCUGUCCCACAUGAGCAGCCUGCGCAGCCUCAACCUGCGCUCGUGUGACAACAUCAGCGACACAGGCAUCAUGCAUCUGGCCAUGGGCAGCCUGCGCCUUUCGGGCCUUGAUGUUUCCUUCUGUGACAAGGUGGGGGACCAGAGCCUAGCCUAUAUCGCACAGGGCCUGGAUGGGCUGCGUUCCCUCUCCCUCUGCUCCUGCCACAUCAGCGAUGAGGGCAUCAACCGUAUGGUGCGCCAGAUGCACGGGCUCCGCACGCUCAACAUUGGCCAGUGUGUCCGUAUCACUGACAAGGGCCUGGAGCUCAUUGCGGAGCACCUCAGCCAGCUCACAGGCAUUGAUCUCUAUGGCUGCACCCGCAUCACUAAGCGGGGUUUGGAGCGCAUCACCCAGCUGCCCUGUCUCAAGGUGCUUAACCUGGGACUUUGGCAAAUGACUGAGAGCGAGAAGGUGAGGUGAGAGGAGGGGGCACCUGGAGACCUCCAUCCUCUCUGGAGGGACUCACUGACUGACUGCUACAAUGGAGGGGGGGGGUAGGGCACACACAGACCCAUGUUACCUGCCCACUCCAGCACUGGAAGGAGGCAGGGAUAGAGAGAGCCCACCCCAUCCCUUCCAUGCCACCUACCCACCUCUGCACUGGCUGGGGCAGGAGAGGGAAGAGAGAGAACCCUCAUUUCUUCCAUGUCAUCCCCAGCCCUCCACUGGGAAUACAGUACCCCUUUCCUCAUCCUUCUCUGCAUUGGGGAUAGAGGCCUGCAAUUUUAUGCACUGGGGCUGGAGAUACCCCUCCCCACUCCAAUUCUGAUUCUAACCCCUCAUGCACUAGGGAUUGAUGAAGAAAUCCCCCUAUUCUUAUUCACCUCCAGUCCUGCUCAGUUUUGGGAAUAGGGACCUUCUCUAAUGGGGGUGGGAAUGGAAAUGGGAACACCCCCCCCCCAAAAAAAAAAAAAAAAAAAAAGCUUACUAGCUGCAUGUUCCAUAUCCACUGACCCCAGUCCUUCUGCGCUGGGUACAAAGAUACCCCCUUGUCAAACCAUUCCAAUUCUUUUUUCCCCCAUCCCAACUGGGGAUUGUGACAGAAAUAGCCUUUCCCAGAUAUACAUACUCCAUUUAUUUCCAGUCCCAUCCCCUCUUCACUUCUACCCCAUUUUGCCCUGUGGUUGGAUACAAUCUCCCACCACACCAGUUCUCCAGUGCAUUGGAUAUAGAGAGAGCUACACUGGUCCCCUCCCCUCCCGAGUUGAGUACAGGGACAUGAUUCCUUUGCACCCUGCACUGUGGUUGGAGAGAGUGCCUAGACCCUCCACUCUUUUCCCCAUCUCCCUGCACUGGGGAUGAAGAUAGACUCCUAAUACUUCUCCCUCCUCCUCAUACUGGGGAUGAAGACACCAUUUUCCCCAUACCCCAUUCCCAACAGAGAAGAAGACAGAUCCCAGUCUCUUCAGAUGUCCCACCUGCAUUGGAGGGAUGGAGUCACCUUAGCCAUUCAUCGUCCCUUUCAUUUUUCUCUCUCUUCCUCCCUGCCUUCUCUUUCUUAGAAGUGGGGAUAGACAUAUCCAGCCACACAUUCAUUUCCCCUCUGGAUUGGGGGCGAAUGGGGCGGAGGGGAUGACCAGCUCCUAUCUGCCCAAGGGACUUAAGGAAGAAUCUCCAGCUUCAUUUUUGCUUUCAUUUGAGAUACUGUGACGUGGUUUUAUUUUGAAAUGCAUACAAAAAAUUAUUACUACAAAACAGCCUCUUACCACCACCACCCUCCCCUUGCUUACAUCCUUUUUCUCAUCCUUUCUUUCUUCAGUAUUCAUUUUCUUCCAUGGUUUUAUUUUUAAAGACAUUUGAAGUUGCUGUUCUUGUGGAUUAAGUACGUUUUUUUCUGCUGAAUAUAUUCUAUAUAUAUAAAUAUAUAUAUAAUGUCUGGCUACCUCGUUUUAAUUUGUUACUUUUUUCUCUAAAGCCCUGGAAUUCUUACAAGAAAGAGAUUUUGAGACUGAAACAUUUUUGUGCCUAGACUGGAAAGAUGCCCCUUGGGUUUGUAACUUUUUUUUUUUUUUUUUUUUUUUUUUAAAGCUUUCCCUAAUGUGCCCCACCUUCACAUUCUGACUGUGCCUCUCCCUCCCUCUCCAUUGGGGCUUGGGGAUCCAGCUGUGCUUCUGCAUUUUUAUUCCUCUAGCACAAACAUGUGUAACAUGUGAGAAUCCAUACUGAGGAUUGGGGUAUUGAAAUGUGUGAAAUGCAAGUUCAGUUUCUUAAAUAUAUAUAUAUAUAUAUAUAUAUAUAUAUAUAUGCAAAUAUUCCCCUCUCCCUCCCAAAUCACCUACAAAAAAAGGUCACUGUUGUGUGAGGCUUCCUGUUUGUAAGUGGGGAGAGGAGCAGAACAGGCCUGCAGGGCCUGAGGCUGCGAUGUGAAGGGGAGGAGACUGAAAUUCAUCUGUCUUAUCUCUGUUCUGUCAGUAAAAUGGAGCUGGUUCUUUAGAUUUUUUUAAUUAUUAUUUUAAAGAGGAAGAAUAAUU